UUGAUCCAUGGUGAAACAUUGUUCUGCUUCACUAUAUACAGUAUAUAUAUAUGGAUGAAAUGACUAUUAAACCCACUUGACUUGACAUACUUUAGAUGUAAAAACAACUCCAUUCCCUGUGUUAUUACAUGUUAACUGUCAGUCUGUGUGUUACUAUAUCUGGUAAUGCUGAGCCUCUCUGGGCCCCUCCUCUUGUUUCCUGUUUAAAGUUUACUUUCACUUUACACAGUUUGUGUCGCAGCUUUUUCUCUCGGUGUGGAGCUCCAGCUGGAGGUGGGGCUGUGACUCAUCAGGAAACAACUCACCUGAGUUGUUCUCUGUCGACAUUUUGGACUGUGAUUAGAAACAACUGACUUCAGAUCAGAAGAUGAGUGGUUUGGAGGAAGAGGAGGAUGGAGCAGAGUCUGUAGUAUCUGGCUGUCUGUCUAUGAGGAGUGACUGGUCCAAAGAUCAUCCUCCAAACUUCAGUAAUGAACCUGGACCCUCAGACACAAAAGUUGAGGACAACAGACAGAGAGCAGAGUCUGUAGUAUCUGGCUGUCUGUCUAUGAAGAGUGAUCGGUCCAAAGAUGAACCUCCAUUCUUCAGUAAUGAACCUGGACCCUCAGACACAAAACUGACUUCAGAUCAGAAGAUGAGUGGUUUGGAGGAAGAGGAGGAUGGAGCAGAGUCUGUAGUAUCUGGCUGUCUGUCUAUGAAGAGUGACUGGUCUACAGAUCGUCCCCUAAACUUCAGUAAUGAACCUGGACCCUCAGACACAAAAGUUGAGGACAACAGACAGAGAGCAGAGUCUGUAGUAUCUGGCUGUCUGUCUAUGAAGAGUGAUCGGUCCAAAGGAGAACCUCCAUUCUUCAGUAAUGAACCUGGACCCUCAGACACAAAACUGACUUCAGAUCAGAAGAUGAGUGGUUUGGAGGAAGAGGAGGAUGGAGCAGAGUCUGUAGUAUCUGGCUGUCUGUCUAUGAGGAGUGAUCGGUCCAAACAUCGUCCUCCAGCCUUCAGUAAUGAACCUGGACCCUCAGACACAAAAGUUGAGGACAACAGACAGAGAGCAGAGUCUGUAGUAUCUGGCUGUCUGUCUAUGAAGAGUGAUCGGUCCAAACAUCAUCCUCCAUACUUCAGUAAUGAACCUGGACCCUCAGACACAAAACUGACUUCAGAUCAGAAGAUGAGUGGUUUGGAGGAAGAGGAGGAUGGAGCAGAGUCUGUAGUAUCUGGCUGUCUGUCUAUGAGGAGUGAUCGGUCCAAAGAUCCUCCUCUAAUCUUCAGUAAUGAACCUGGACCCUCAGACACAAAAGUUGAGGACAACAGACAGAGAGCAGAGUCUGUAGUAUCUGGCUGUCUGUCUAUGAAGAGUGAUCGGUCCAAAGAUCAUCCUCCAGCCUUCAGUAAUGAACCUGGACCCUCAGACACAAAACUGACUUCAGAUCAGAAGAUGAGUGGUUUGGAGGAAGAGGAGGAUGGAGCAGAGUCUGUAGUAUCUGGCUGUCUGUCUAUGAAGAGUGAUCGGUCCAAAGAUCGUCCUCCAGUCUUCAGUAAUGAACCUGGACCCUCAGACACAAAAGUUGAGGACAACAGACAGAGAGCAGAGUCUGUAGUAUCUGGCUGUCUGUCUAUGAAGAGUGACCGGUCCAAAGAUCGUCCUCCACUCUUCAGUAAUGAACCUGGACCCUCAGACACAAAACUGACUUCAGAUCAGAAGAUGAGUGGUUUGGAGGAAGAGGAGGAUGGAGCAGAGUCUGUAGUAUCUGGCUGUCUGUCUAUGAAGAGUGACCGGUCCAUAGGUCAUCCUCUGACCUUCAGUAAUGAACCUGGACCCUCAGACACAAAAAAGAGGAAGAGGAGUGAUGUUUCUGAGGAGGAGCAGCCGUCCAGAUCCAGAACCAGAGCUGGACUGCAGACAGCCAAUCAGAGCAGCUCUGAACAAAUGAAUGUUGGUCAUCAGAAACAUAAGAUCAGGCUGAAGGAGACAUUUGAACGUGUGACUGAAGGAGCUGAAACAGGAAGUAGAACCCUCCUCAACAGGAUCUACACUCUCCUCUACCUCAUAGAGGGACAGAGUGAAGAGGUUAAUACCCAACAUGAGGUGAGGCAGCUCGAGACAGCUUCCAAGAAGAAGACCCUCCAUAACUCUCCAAUCAAGUGCUGUGACAUCUUUAAAGCCUCACCUGGCCAACAGAAACACAUCAGAGUGGUUCUGACAAGCGGCGUCGCUGGCGUUGGAAAAACCUUCUCAGUGCAGAAAUUCUGUCUGGACUGGGCCGAGGGUUUGGAGAACCAAGAUAUCAGUCUGGUGAUUCCUCUUUCCUUCAGGGAGCUGAACUUGAUCAAAGAUGAGCAGUACAGUCUUCUGGAGCUGCUCCGUGUUUUCCAUCCAACAUUACAGGAGAUGGAGGGGGCUUACCAUGGAGACCGCAGCUACCAUGGAGAGCAGCUCCUGGAUGAAAGCAGACUUUACCUGGAUUUCAACAACAAUGAGGCUGUUUCUGAUGUCACACAGAAGUCAUCAGUAAACGUGCUGUUGACAAACCUCAUCCAGGGGAAGCUGCUUCCCUCGGCUCUCGUCUGGAUAACUUCCCGACCUGCAGCAGCCAAUCAGAUCCCUCCUGCAUGUGUUGACAGGGUAACAGAAGUACAAGGCUUCACUGAUGCCCAGAAGGAGGAGUACUUCAGGAAGAGAGUCAGUGAUGAAGAGCUGUCCAGCAGAAUCAUCUCCCACAUCAAGACCUUCAGGAGCCUCCACAUCAUGUGUCUGAUCCCGGUCUUCUGCUGGAUCACUGCUACAGUUCUGGACCACAUGUUGACUACAGACCAGAGAGGAGAGCUGCCCAAGACCCUGACUGACAUGUACUCACACUUCCUGCUGGUUCAGACAAAGAGGAAGAAGCUCAAGUAUGCUGAGGGACAUGAGACGAGUCCACAGGAGCUGACGGAGGCUGACAGGGAAGUUCUUCUGAAGCUGGGGAGGCUGGCGUUUGAAGAGCUGGAGAAAGGAAACAUCAUGUUCUACCAAGAAGACCUGGAGCGCUGUGGUCUGGAUGUCACAGAGGCCUCGCUGUAUUCAGGAGUUUGUUCAGAGAGAUCUUCAAAAGAGAGUGUGAUCUUCCAGAAAACAGUCUACUGCUUCGUUCAUCUGAGCGUUCAGGAGUUUCUGGCUGCAGUCUACCUGUUCCACUGUUACACCAACAAGAACACACAGGUACUGGAGGACUUCCAUGUAGAAGACACUGUUACUUCAUCCCUGGAUGUCUUCCUGAAGAGAGCCAUGGAGAAAUCCCUUGAAAGUGAAAAUGGCCACCUGGACCUCUUUGUCCGCUUCCUUCAUGGCCUCUCUCUGGAGUCCAACCAGAUACUCUUAGGAGGCCUGCUGGGUCAGACAGACAACAGUCCAGAAAUCAUCCAGAGAGCCAUCAACAACCUGAAGUAUAUGAACAGUGAUGAGAUCUCUCCUGACAGAAGCAUCUUCCACUGUCUGACGGAGAUGAAGGACCACUCAGUCCAUCAGGAGAUCCAAGAGUUCCUGAAGUCAGAGAACAGAUCAGAGAAGAGACUCUCUGUGAUCCACUGCUCAGCUCUGGCCUACAUGCUGCAGAUGUCAGAGGAGGUUCUGGAUGAGCUGGACCUGAUGAAGUACAACACAUCAGAGGAGGGACGACGGAGACUGAUUCCAGCUGUGAGGAACUGCAGAAAGGCUCGACUGAGUGUCUGUAAUCUGUCAGAGAGAAGCUUUAAAGCUUUGUCCUCAGUUCUCAGCUCCCAGUCCUCUAGUCUGAGAGAGCUGGACCUCAGCAACAACAACCUGCAGGAUUCAGGAGGGAAGCUGAUCUCUGAUGGACUGAGGAGUCCGCACUGCACACCGGAGACUCUCAGUUUAGAUCAAGAACAUCUGUCUGGCUGUCUGAUCUCAGAGGAAGGCUGUUCUUCUCUGGUCUCAGCUCUGAGCUCCAACCCCUCCCAUCUGAGAGAGCUGGACCUGAGCUACAAUCAUCCAGGAGACUCAGGAGUGAAGCUACUGUCAGCAGGACUGAAGGAUCCUCUCUGGAGACUGGACACUCUCAGGGUGAAGCCUGCUGGAGUCAGAUGGUUGACACCAGGUCUGAGGAAGUAUUCCUGUGAACUCACACUGGACACAAACACAGUGAACAGAAGACUCAAGCUGUCUGACAACAACAGGAAGGUGACAUUAGAGGAGGAGGAUCAGCCAUAUCCUGAUCAUCCAGAGAGGUUUGACUCCUGGUGUCAGCUGCUGUGUAGAGAUGGUCUGACUGGUCGCUGUUACUGGGAGGUAGAGACGAGAGGAGAGGUUAAUAUAUCAGUGAGUUACAGAGAAAUCAGGAGGAGAGGAACCAGUGGUGACUGUGAGUUUGGAUUUAAUGAUCAGUCCUGGAGUCUGCUCUGCUUCGAUGGUGGUUACUAUGUCUGUCACAAUAGAAGAGAAACAUCCAUCUCCUCGUCCUCCUCCUCUAUCUCUGGUAGAGUAGCAGUGUAUGUGGACUGUCCUGCUGGCUCUCUGUCCUUCUACUCAGUCUCCUCUGACUCACUGAUCCACCUCCACACCUUCAACACCACAUUCACUCAGACUCUCUAUCCUGGGUUUGGGUUCUGGUUUCCUGGUUCCUCAGUGUCUCUGAGUCCUCUGGAGGACGGAGAGUCUCCUCCUGUUUCUCACUGCUGAUCAGUUGAGUCUGUACAGGAUUACACUA